UGUGCUUGAGCACAUGAUGGCACAUGAUGUUUUACUAGCGCCAUGUUAAGUUGACUAACCUGUAAAUGUGAUAAACAAAUACUGUACACAAAUUGAUUAAGAAUGGGUAAAACAUCAAAGGAUAAACGGGAUAUAUAUUAUCGUCGGGCGAAGGAAGAGGGUUGGAGAGCAAGAAGUGCAUUUAAGUUACUCCAAAUAGACAAUGAAUGUCACAUCUUGGAUGGAGUGAACAAAGCAGUGGAUUUAUGUGCAGCACCUGGAAGCUGGAGUCAGGUGUUAUCGCGCAGACUAAAUGAGAAUUAUAGGAAGGCCUUAGAGACUGGAAAUGCAACAGCUCCAAAAAUUGUUGCUGUUGACUUGCAAGCAAUGGCAUCUUUGGAAGGAGUUAUACAAAUACAAGGGGAUAUUACUAAUACCAAUACAGCAGAGCAAAUUAUUGCACAUUUUGACAAUGAACAGGCUGAUUUGGUAGUCUGUGAUGGAGCACCUGAUGUUACAGGUCUCCAUGACAUGGAUAUCUAUAUUCAAUCACAGUUAUUACUUGCUGCUCUAAAUAUCACAACUCACAUACUCCGAAAAGGAGGUACAUUUGUGGCAAAAAUAUUUAGGGCUAAGGACGUUACACUGCUUUAUUCUCAACUAAAAAUAUUUUUCCCUUAUGUUUACUGUACAAAACCUAGUAGUUCACGUAAUUCAAGCAUAGAAGCCUUUGUAGUGUGCAAAGAUUAUUCACCACCUGAGGGCUACCAGCCACAUAUGCUAAAUCCUCUCUUGACACAUAAGCCAUAUGAUUUUAAUGAGCUCACAGGAGUUAAUAGGGUUAUUGUGCCGUUUGUUGUUUGUGGAGAUCUUAAUCAGCCUGAUUCUGACACAUGCUAUCCCCUGGAUUAUGAAGGAAAGGAGUACACGUACCAUGAACCAGUACAGACACCUAUCGCGCCACCAUACGAGCAAGCUUUGUCCUUAUUAGAAAACAGAGACACUGAUUUCAGAAAAUCCGAUGUCAGUGUCGUAAUAGAUAAUCUAAACUCAAUGUCUAUAUCGGAUUUCAAGAAGAUAGCGAAGCAAAAACGGAAGGAGACAAAUGAAAAAAUAAUAAAUUCAGAUAAUAAAGAAACUAUUAGUGAGGAUGCAUUAGGUCUUACUGAAGUAAUGUCCACCCCGCUAUCUGAUAAUACAAAUGAUGAUAAUGAAUGAAACAGUGCACCGUAUUGUAAGCGAACAAUAAAAGUGACGACUUUGUUAUUAAA